UACCUGCGUAGUCCAGUGGCGCUCGCAUGCGCAGUGAGGUGUCACGUCCAGGCCGGUAAACAAGGAAUGAGGCGGCAGCAGGCUCGGAGCUGUUGGCAGCUUGAACACCGCUGUGCCUAGGUGAUAAGACGGGGUCACUAUGAACCUGGCCAGUCAGAACGUGGAGGCCGGAGCGGCUCAGCUCUUAUUCGCCAACUUCAACCAGGACAACACAUCCCUGGCUGUUGGUAUCAAGUCUGGAUAUAAGUUUUUCUCCUUGUCAUCUGUGGACAAACUAGAGCAAAUAUAUGAAUGCACUGAUACGGAGGAUGUCUGCAUUGUGGAACGACUGUUUUCCAGUAGUUUGGUUGCUAUUGUCAGUCUUAAAGCGCCACGAAAACUUAAAGUAUGCCAUUUUAAAAAAGGAACAGAAAUCUGUAACUACAGCUACUCUAACACAAUUUUGGCUGUGAAGCUAAAUCGUCAGAGGCUGAUUGUAUGCCUUGAGGAGUCUCUCUACAUACACAAUAUAAGAGACAUGAAAGUCCUGCACACUAUUCGAGAAACUCCUCCUAACCCUGCAGGUCUAUGUGCACUGUCCAUUAAUGGAGACAACUGCUAUUUAGCAUAUCCUGGUAGUGCAUCUAUUGGAGAGGUCCAGGUCUUUGACACUGUUAAUCUGAGAGCUGCUAAUAUGAUCCCUGCUCAUGACAGUCCUUUGGCAGCUUUAGCGUUUGAUGCAACUGGGACAAAACUAGCAACCGCAUCAGAAAAGGGCACAGUGAUCCGUGUUUUUUCCAUUCCAGAAGGUCAAAAACUAUUUGAAUUCCGGAGAGGAGUCAAAAGGUGUGUGACAAUAUUUUCCCUAGCUUUCAGCAUGGAUGGCAUCUUUCUGUCCGCCUCAAGUAACACAGAAACUGUGCAUAUUUUCAAGUUGGAGACUGUGAAAGAAAAGCCUGUCGAGGAGCCAACCACCUGGACGGGUUAUUUUGGAAAAGUUAUAAUGGCUUCCACCAGUUACUUGCCCUCUCAAGUAACUGAAAUGUUUAACCAAGGAAGAGCUUUUGCAACUGUUCGUUUGCCUUUUUGUGGUCACAAAAACAUCUGUGCAUUAGCAAUGAUUCAAAAGAUUCCUCGUUUACUUGUUGGUGCAGCAGAUGGGUACCUUUACAUUUAUAACCUGGACCCACAGGAGGGCGGCGAGUGCACGCUAAUGAAACAACACAGGUUGGAUGGCAGUAUGGAGCCCGGCAACGAAAUUCUAGAGUCGGCAUCACAUGAAAGACCAUUAGUAUCCAAGAACUACAGUGGUGCAGCAACAAAAGAUACAUAUUCUACAUCACCAACAAAUCAUGCCUUUUCUGAUGAACUUGGAGCUGUGGGUGGGACAAGCCUGGAAGAUGACACCCAUGCUCUUCGGCUAGAUGAAGACAGUGAGACCCCCCCCAUGGUUUUGAGAACCGAGUGAAUAUUUGUGCUAGCAGUUUCCCAUUGUAGAUACAAAACAAGACGACCAAUCCAUGGGAAUCUCUUGUGUUUUUGCUGCUAUGGACAUCUGUAAGAGUCAGGGAAGUAUCGGAUGCAGUUUUGAAGUCUUCAGAAUAUAUUUGGGUUCUUUUUAACAGUGCAAGUAAUACAGAUAUUUUCACUUAAGUUUCAGUCCAAUUUUAGCUGUUGUCUGAUUGCCAAAUUAGGAUACACUCUGUUGCUUAGCAUGUUGCUGUUUGCCAACUGAGUCUAGACAAAUAGAAACUGCUACACUAAUCCUUUGAAUACUUUUAAAACUUGUAUGUGUGUAAAAUAUAUUGUGUGUAUAUAUGUAUGAUUUUUUUUUUCUUGGCUAAAGUAAAAAAAAAAAAGGCUAAUUAGCUGUGAAUAUAUAAUAGUUGCUUCAUCCAUUAUUCAUCCAUUAUUCUGCUGUUAUUUCUGAUCGAAACAACAACUUGUAUAGUCAUCUGUGAAGCCAUCAUUUGACCAAAGCAGUGCUGUAUAGUAAGGCUAUAUGCCUAACAAAAUUCAUGUCCUCAGAUCUUUAUAAUGUGUUUUUCUGCCUACAGGAUACCUUCUUCAGUUAUGUUUGCGAUAUUUAUAGAUUUAUGUUCAUUAAGAUUUUUUUUUAAUUAAUUUUCUUUUUCCAAGGUCCUUUUUGCCUUACCCGUGUCAUUAAAAGUAGGGAACCAAAGGAAACUGAAGUUUGCCAGUGCAAAUAUUUGCUGAAAUAUUUUUGCUCAGAUCAGGAUGUGGUGCAGCUUCAAGUGUAAUGUGAAAUAAAUACACUCAUUAACACAUUAA